ACCUCCGCCAUUCAGUUCAGAGUGGUAGCUACACAAGUAAAAAGUGUGAUCACAAAGCGAGAGUUUUAAGAUGUCUUUUGACACAAAUCAAGCCAAUCUUGAGAAUAUGGAUCUGGAAGAGAUAAAAGGUAAAACCAACCAAGCUUUUGAAGAAGAUGAAAGUCAGGAAAGAAGAUCUUGCAAAAUCAGUGAAUCUAGUGAAGGCACUAAACCAAAAGAAGAGCCUGAUAAUGCUGUGAAUAUACAAAGUGACAAAAAUGACCAAGUGAGCAUAUGUUAUGAAGUUGGACCCUAUGCUGGAAUGCCGAAAGAGGUCCUAAUAUGCUAUUCAAAUCAAUUACGUUACAGGCUGCCCAGAGAAAUUAUUUUCUGGCUCAUUCUGGCAGCCACGAUUGUUCUGAUAGCCUGCACUAUCACCAUCAUUGCACUGUCGCCCAAGUGUCUGGACUGGUGGCAAGCCAGUCCAAUCUACCAGAUUUACCCACGAUCCUUCAAAGAUUCUGAUGGGAAUGGUAUUGGAGACCUGAAUGGUUUGAAACUGAUAAUGGAUUUCAUUCCAAAUCACACUAGUGAUAAACACCGUUGGUUUCAACUUAGCCGGAAUCGAACAGGAAAAUACACUGAUUACUAUAUCUGGGUUGACUGUAAACACGAACUGAACAAAACCACCAAUCCUAACAACUGGGUCAGUUUGUUUGGAUACUCUGCCUGGCAAUUUGACGAGGUUCGAGGACAGUGUUACUUACAUCAGUUCUUGAAGGAACAACCAGAUUUGAAUUACAGAAAUGUUGACGUGCAAGAAGAAAUGAAAAAUGUAUUACGAUUUUGGCUGAAGAAGGGGGUUGAUGGUUUCAGAGUGGAUGCAGUCAAAUAUCUUCUAGAAGCUGAAAGCUUAAGAAAUGAACCUCAAGUCAACUUAACACAGAACCCGAAUAAUAUCACAUCAUAUGAUGAACUCUAUCAUGAUUACACAACCACACAAGUGGGCAUUCACGAUAUUGUCCGCGACUGGCAACAUGUUUUGCAAGAGUUUAGUAAAGAACCCGGCAGAUACAGAUUUCUAAUGACUGAAUCAUAUGACAAUGAAGAGAUUUAUAAAACUAUGAUGUACUAUGGAACAUCUAUACAACAAGAAGCUGACUUUCCCUUUAACUUCUACCUUAUUGAUCUCUAUAAAGAGAUGUCAGGAGAUGGAGUAUUUAAAAUUGUAGAUUAUUGGAUGCGCAACAUGCCUGCAGGAAAAUGGCCAAACUGGGUGGUAGGAAAUCAUGACAAUUCUCGCAUUGCAUCUCGUGUUGGUGAAAAGUACGUUAAGGUCAUUAAUAUGCUUUUGCUGACUCUUCCUGGAACUCCUACUACUUAUUAUGGAGAAGAAUUAGGAAUGGAGAAUAUUACUGUAUCUGAAGAUGAGAUUCAAGAUCCUUUUGGAAAAUUUGAUCCCACAGCAAAUCGAGAUCCACAGCGCUCACCCAUGCAAUGGGAUAGCAGUGAUAAUGCUGGCUUCAGUACAGCAAAUAAAACCUGGCUUCCUGUCCACCCAAAUUACGUUAUAGUAAAUGUUGAAGUUGAAAAGGAACAACAAAACUCUACCUUGACUCUGUACCGUGAACUGAGCUUUCUUCGCCGGAAUGCAUUGCCUAUUCAUAGAGGAUGGAUGUGUUAUAUAUGGAACGAUGCAGAUAUAUUUGCAUAUGUGAGAGAACUUGAUGGUUUGAGUUCGGUCUUUUUAAUUGUACUAAAUUUUGGUAAUUCUUCAGAAGUAAACCUGGCAAGCAAAAUUUCAUAUCUUCCCAAGGAAGCAAACGUGAGACUUAGUACCGACAUCAAUAAAAUUGGAAAUAAAGUUCAAACAGCUUCAAUAAUAACAAGUGCUGGUGAAGGACUUGUACUGGAAUACAAAACAAACAAUCCAGUUCACACUAAGACAGAGUUCAAAGAUAGGUGCUAUAUUUCACAGAAAGCAUGCUAUUUGAAUACAUUUGACAUACUUUACAAGAAUUGUUGAGCUACUAACAAAAAUUCGCUAAUCAAUAUAUAAUCAAUUAAUGAAGGGCACAAAAGAAUGACUCAAUUAAAUAUUAAUGAGAUAAU